AUGGAUGUUGAGGGGGGGGCGGCCCCGGGGCCCCCCCGCUUGCCAAGUGGUACCUCAGGCCCGCCGAGCCCCCCGCACCUCCCGGCACCGCGCCAGGCCAGCGCGCCCGCAUCCCGGCCCGGCGGCCGCCGCGACCAGGCGGCAGCUGGAGCCCCCGGGCCCUCCCUGCGAGCGGCGGCCCCUCUGGGCCCCGGCGGCCGCUGCCGGGGGGCGGCCCGGGCUGCCCCUCACCCCGCUCCAGCGGGGCUGCUCCCUGCGACGCAGCGCGACCCCGGGCCCGACCCCCCGGGCCCGCCCGCCCGACUCACCCGCUCCAGCCGCGCUCCCUUUGUUCCCCACCGGGCCGGGGCGGGCAGCGCCUGCGCGCUCAGCUCCGCACUUUCCCCACGCCGCCCCCAGCCCGCCGGCGGCUGCUCUGGUUUUUACCGGGCGGGCCGCCUACCCGCCCUGCUCCCCUCGGAGCCCCCGCCGGGCCGGGGUCUCACCCGAGCUGCUCCGGGGCCGGCCGGGCCGGGAGGGAUCGUGGCGAAUCUGCGGGACGCAGAGGGCGGCGGGUGCGGCCCCGCGCGGCGCUCCCGGGAGCAGGCGCCGCCCGGCCGGGAGGGGGCGCUGCCGCCGGCACGAGGCGGCCUCUGCCCGGGGCCGCCGCUGCGCCAGGGCCGCAGAUUCCAGCAUCGGGGUCGUCUCUCGCGCCCCGCGACAGCAAGGGGCAGCUGCCCGCCUGCACGUUGCUCUCCGCACUCCCCACAAGGACACCCACCCGCUUCCCGCCCGCCGCCCAGCCGGCAGCCCGGCCGUUGUUCGCGUGGGCCGGGAGGAGCGGCAGCGCCGGCUGCCGGUGGCGAAUCUGCGGCGGCGAACAAGCGGCCGUUGGCGCCUCGCGCCCGCCGCCACUUGGCGCCUUUUUCCCCGCCGAGGCAGCGCGAGGGCCCCGCGGCGGGCGGCUCGGGGGGAGCGGCGGCCCCGGCAGCGCCCGCGCCCCGGUACAGCCCGCGGGUCGGGUGA